UUCGGGAUUUUAAUCUCUCGAUGAAAAUGUUCUGUAUUCGGAGUGAUUAUAAAACAAGUUGAGUGUGCAUAACUUAAUGACAAACAGGACAGAGCAGCGCGUACGUGCGCCCAUAAAGCAGAAAUAGUUGUCGGAGCUCCUCCUCCUCUUACUGAUUUCCAGUAAGAAGCCCAAAGACAACAGCGACUGAGUUUAUUAUAGACAGGAGGAGCACACCGCCGAGCGACAGACUAGGGACCGCCAAUAUCAACACAACAUGGAAGUUCCUUGAAAUAAUGUCAGUAUAGCCUGUAGUAAAGCGGGUUUUUUCAUUAGCUCUUUCUGGAGUACGCCUGGGGAGAGGUAAUGUGUUUAGUCAUGUAUGUGACGGAGUGUGCACCUCUGUGUCUGUCCACGGCCAGUCUUGCAUUUUGUUGUUGCAAACUGCAUAAUUAUUUGGGUGCCCAGUUAUGGCUGCAUGCUCAAGGACCUCUCCUGGUUGCUGUGACUUUCCCAAAACACCUUUAUUGCCUGUUUUAUACUCCCAUUGAUGCCUGCUUACUCCUCACUCACCACUACCGGCCCCCUAAUAGAACUACCAGUAUUCAGCACGAACAGUGCAAGCAAUGGCAGCAGUGAUACUAAUAUGUGAAUGCAUUUUAACCCUUAUGAUCCCUACUCUAAUAGAAAACCAAUGCCUUUUAGAUUUGUAAAACAUGGGGUCACUGGCUAUGCAAGUUACAAUGAUUUGCAUUGUAUUCUGUGGUUGUUAAUCUCUGAAAUAGUUUGUAACCAUCUGUAUAAAGCUGUCUUUUUUGUCAUAUUUCUCCAGUGAUGUGGGCUGAAAUAUUGGGGAAACAGUUGGGCCACCCGACACGUACAGUGGCAGGGUGGCUGGUCAGUAGGUACCUCAAAGCAUACAACCACAUUCUUGAAGAGAGUGCUGUGCAGCUGUGUGGGAUCCAACCUGGGGACACAGUGCUGGAGCUGGGUCACGGCCCUGGUCUGGGUCUGCAGUCGGCAGCCAAACUGCUCACAGAGCCCACAGGCCACCUUAUAGGGGUGGAUUACUCAGCAUACAUGCAUCAGACGGCAAGUGAGCGAUUGAAGGAAUUUGUGGCCAGUGGGAAAGUGACUUUACACCACUGUGAUAUAGCAGCAAUGCCUCUGGCAGACAGCCUUGUGGAUAAAGUCUUUCAUUGUAACUGCUACUACUUCUGGCCUGAUCUCAGGAAGGGAGCCACAGAGAUACACCGUGUAAUGAAACCAGGCGGUGUGAUGGUGACCGUGUUGAGGCUGUCAAGUGUUGCUGCUAUCGCAGCAAAGCGAGUGUUGCCAGCGGAGAACUGGCGCCCAGAGGCCUACAUGACAGCUCUGAGAGACACUAACUUCACUGAUGUCAGAAUGGAAGACAUACAGCACAAACACAUUACGAUUCAGGCUAUCUAUGCUACUGCCACAAAAUCAGAUUGAAAUCAAACUGUAAGUUUGAGAUUGUGUGCGGUCUACCCACUUUUGUGAUUAGUAGGUUUUGUAUGGUUACAUUUAUGAGUCAAGUUGUACUUUUUAAAGAUAGGAAUGUUGUAAAGUUUUGUAAUUAAUAAAUACAUGAUAAAAACAGAAGAAGAGACAAAUAAAUUGUUUUUUUCUAAGGACAUUUUGGAUAUCAGUCGCCAUUAAACAAAAAAAGAAGAAAAUCAGCAAUUCCCAAAUGGGAGAUAUUCCUUUGAGGAUCAGAACAGUGACGUUAAUGCUGGUAUAUACUGGGUUAAUCUCCAGGGACAAAAUGAUACACAUCCUGGCAAGAACAUUUGAACAGACUGCAGGUACACAAUGAGACAAAUUUCAUAACUUUUGGGUGGAUUGGUGUUGCAAUGGCAGAAAAUCGGAUGACGUCAAUUACCGCACAAUUUCUUAAAUUCCUCCCUGGUUAUUCCCCUUUCCAAAUAUAGACCUUAAUGUACAGCAGGAAUUGAAGGACGAGUCAGAGCAAUUUACAGUAUUGUGUGUAAUCCAGAAUUAUUUGGAUCAGCAUUUUUUCAAACUCUGUUUCUAUUCACAGUUUGUCAACAAUAAAAACCACAACAUCUGGCAGAUCAUCAGUGAGAACUAAUAUUAUAAAGGAAAUAUUCCUUAUAAUGUACAGGAUGGAAAUUAAGGAAGCCACCUGCUUCCUUUGGGUUCCUGCUCAUGUUGGUGUGGAGGAA